AUGCAUUUCUCAAAGAUUAUCGCUGCUGAUUUCCUUGCCGCUCCUCUCGUAGCUGGCCAAGCUUCCGCUUUCGGUGGUGCUGUCCCAACUGGUACUGGAGAGAUUGGUUCUCGUCCAUCUGGCGGUUUCGCCUCGGCUUCUGGCGGAUUUGGAGGACAUGGUGGACAUGGUGGACAUGGUGGACAUGGUGGACACCACAGCGGUAGCGCUGGCGUUCAACCAAUCGGUUUAUCUAACUUCGCAAACAAGGCACAACACUCUGACAUAGCUCAAGCUUCAGGCAAGGGUGGUCUCAAGGGAGGAAAGGGUGGUUCUUCAAUGACAGGUGCCUUCGGAGCUCAAUCUACUGGAGGUUCCAAGCCUUCUGGUCAUCAAAAACGUCAACAGAGCAGUGCCGCCUUUUCACAAGGUGGUGAGAUGCAACAACCUACUGGCUCAUUGUUCCAGGGUGGUUUUGCUUCGCCAACUGGUGGUUUCGGAGGUCAUCACGGCGGCAGUCACGGACACAGUAGUCAAGGUAGUGACGAUGAAUCUACAUAG